AAAUCUACUAAAUUAUUAUUUCGAUAAUUUAAUAAUUCGCUACAAUAAUAAAAUUUUGCUCGUCCCAACUCUAAUAAUUUAGUAAGUGGAACAAAAUUUUGAUUUGGAUUGUCAUUAUUGUAACUGGAAAUAAUACGGGCUUAAAAAUAUGAAUCUAAAGCCCGAACCCGCCCGCAUUACUAUUUCAAACAUAUGGGCCUAGAAAAUGAAUCUAAAGCCCAAACCCGUCCGCAUUCCAAUUUGAAACUUGGCAUCUCACUUUCUAAAAGUAAAGGCCAACCACAGUCAACAUCACAUCUCCCACUUUACCUUUUUAACCUCGCCGUAUAUUUCACGUUCACCGGUGCACCCCCAAACCCCAGCCCCAAUCCAGUAAAUAAAAACCACAAAAAGGUAACCUAAUUCAAUUCACCGGCAAAUCCCCGCCGUCGCCGGAAAUGUCGGCCACCAGCAUCCACAUCACGGCGCUGGACGGAAUCGUCAACGUCAACUCACUCUUCACACUCGCCGUCUUCAUCGGGCUCGCCUGGAACCCGACCGACCCGAACAACAGCCUCGUCGACCCGAUCCAACAUCCCGGAUGCACGCCGGGCCCGAAAGUCGCCGAGAAUCUCAUCACCUUCCACGUCUACUCCUUCAGCUGCUUCCUCUUCUCCAGCCUCGUAGCGCUUGGCCUGAAACAGGUCGUCAGGCUGGUCCGCGGUGGGGCCCACCACCAUCACAACCACGAAGAUCGGGUUCUGUGGCCGGCGUUCGACCUGGCCCACAUAAACCGAACCGCACUACGGGUCGGGUACGUGGUGUCGGCUGCGGGUUCGGUUUGCGGGUCGGUGUUCUUAAUGCUGGCCUUGGUUAAUGUGGUGCAGAUCAAGCUGGGGAUGCUGGGGUGCGCCGGCGGGAGUAGACACGGCUACGGCGCGGUGGUGCCGCUGUUCAUUCUGGUUCCUUCCGGCCUUCUAAUUUAUGUCUGUACUGUUUUCUAUGCUUUUACUCGUUGAGAUCAGAUUUAAUUAUUUAAGUACUAUGUUUGUUCAUGCCUGAGAAAAUCAAAUUGAUUUAUAUUUAGUGUUCAAUGCUGCCUGAAUAAGUAUAUUGUGAAUUGCAA